UUGGGGGCGGUGUUUUGCCCGGCGGCGACCCGGUGACUUAAUACUUGAAGGAGCUGAGCUUCUGCAGCCAAGGAGCCAAAGAGCCAAAGAGCCGGUACCGUCCUGCAUCACCAUGAUCUGCCUCCUACUGACAGUGUUCGCGAACGUUCUCCAGACAGGUUGGACGGGGGUGAACGAGAGGACGUUCGUGGCGGUGAAGCCGGACGGCGUCCAGCGGCGGCUGGUGGGAGACAUCGUCAGACGCUUCGAGAAGAAGGGCUUCAAACUGGUCGGGAUGAAACUGGUCCAGGCCUCUGAGGACCUUCUGAAGGACCACUACCGGGACCUUCGGACCAAGCCGUUCUUCGACGGUCUGGUUCGCUACAUGGGCUCCGGACCCGUGGUUGCCAUGGUGUGGCAGGGGCUGGACGUGGUGAAGACGUCCCGCCGGAUGCUCGGCGAGACGAACCCGGCGGACUCUCUGCCCGGGACGGUCCGGGGGGACUACUGCGUGGAGGUGGGCAGGAACGUGAUCCAUGGCAGCGACUCUGUGGAGAGCGCCCAGCGGGAGAUCUCUCUGUGGUUCCGGAACGAGGAGAUCCAGUGCUGGGAGGAUCCCGCCAGCCCCUGGAUCUACGCCUAGACCACUGGAUCUAGACCACUGGAUCUACGCCUAGACCAUUGGAUCCAGGCCCAGUCCAGUCCUCUGCUCUCUGUAGGACUAGAUCCUAGUCAUAUAGAGGAACUGCACCUUUAGCAAAGACCCAUCACAGAUGUGUUAGUUUAGCCUUUCAUUCCGUAGCCUUACUCUGUAGCCUAGCGCUUGCAGGUUUAGUUCAUGAUUUCCAUAUUGCCUGAAGCGCGCAGCGGAAUAUUUGUAUAAUCGCUAGGAAGCCCUAGGGAUGACGGCAGCUUGAGGCGGGGUGGUAGGAGUCUGAGAUGAGAGGAGGUCUGCAGCCUGCAUGUUGGACACGAGGACAUGCAAGGCUUCUGCUUUGCACUUUGGGAGGAACCGUUGUAAAGCUUUGUUUUAAUAAUGCAAACCUGCGGCCAAAAAUAGCUUCUAGCAAAACUUAAGAAUGACAAAAUCAGCAUUUUUAAAUGCCUUUUUUCAAAACCAAAAAGAAACUAGUUUGAAAAUUCCUGUUGGCUUUGUUGUUGGUGGUAGUAAUGUCAGGUUGUACAGUUAUUUUUGUAUUGUUCCCUAGUUUGGACCAGAGCGCUCUCUGAGCCAUUUGAGGUGCUGUGUGUGCAUGUGGCUGUAUGAACUAUGUCCAAAAGUGUCGCUCGCACACUUUGCUUUACAUGAGAGUUCCAUGUCCACAGGAACGCUGGCUAUGCAGUCCAAGGAGAAUCUAACGGCCGGACGCAAUAAAAACAUUCCCAAGAUA